GGUGGAGCCGGCUGUCUGUCAGCGGGAACCUGGUCCCGAUCAAAUAUAGAGGAGCUCUAACCAACUCUAAUCAACGCUCCCCAUUGGGGGCGGCGGCGGCAACGGCAACGGAUGCAUCCAGUGUGGGAGGUGUGUGCGGGAGUGGGGAGCAGCCGGACUGAGAUGGACACCGGGCUGGAUGCGAGUGUGUGCAGUCCACCCGUCCGUGCGGGAGCCAGCGCUGUCCCACGCGGACACGUCAUCGCCAGUGAGAAGUGGAGGGGCUCCCAGCUGACCGUCGGCUGUCAGGGCAGGGUCACCGUGCUGUAUGAGGAUGACUUGGGGCUGGUGGAUUUCCACCUCUCCCAGCGGCUCUGUGUUAUUUACGUCUCCGAAUCAGACCUGGUAGCCGGCAAUAAUUACAGGAGGAAGCUGGUCCGAUUUCGCAAAGCGAGCACGUUAAACGGCAUCGUGAUGGUGGAGAAGACGCCGCUGAGUGAGCAGUACUUUGCCGGCGUGCAGCGCUUCGUGGUGCUGGAUCUGGGCCUCACCCUCCUCCCCGUCGCCAGCCCCACCGAGGCCUCGCAGCUCCUCGCCCAGCUGGUCAGUGAACCCGACCCUGCCCCCUCCCCCGCAGUGCCCCCUCCCCCGCAGUGCCCCCUCCCCAGCUGCCCCACUGACGCUGCUCUCUUGGCACAGAGUGACGUCCAGGAUAAAGACGCUGCGGUGACAAUGAAUAUGUUUGGGACGCUGACCCGAGACAAGUUUGAGUGGCAUCCGGAGAAGCUGCUGUGCAAGAGAUUCAACGUUCCCGACCCCUACCCUGGGUCCACAAAUGUUGGACUGCUAAAGGUGAAGCGAGACAAGUAUUCGGUGUUCAACUUCCUAACUGUCCCCACAGUUGCUGCACCCAGCGGCACGGUGCAGCCAAGCGGAGCGCAGCGCGCGGGCAAAUCCUCCACAGGAGUGGAGGGCAAGCGGCGUUCCAGGUGGGACGUGAGUGCAGAGAACAUGGAGGAGGAUGGAGCGGGCCCUGCAAUCCCGGCCUCGGCCCCAGGGGACAGCACCACCCCACACGGGGGAGAGGAGCCGCCAGCAUGCCUGCCCCAUGACAAGGCUGAUACUGAGGAGGAGGACAGCCGGCCAGCCAUGGACCUCUUCAAAGCCGUCUUUGCCAGUUCCUCCGAGGAAAGGUCCUCGUCUUCCUCCUCCGAGGAUGAGGACGCCAAUCAGACGGAGGCCCCUGCGGAGGCUGAAGAGGCAGCACAGCCUAGUCACCAGGCUGCUCCCACCCGCACUCUGCCAGGUUUGGUGCAGCAGCUGGAAGGAGGAGAGGGUUCCAGCGGGACACAGCCACGACCGCGUAGUCCGCAGACACCCGUGGGUGCCGAGGAGUUUGGGCCACGCCUGCCGCCAGCCCUGGUUCACGGGGCUGGCUCCGUCACCGUGGAGACACAGAGUGAGGAGAGGGAGAGGCACAGUGGUGGCGCCGCAAACCGAGAGGAGCGAAGGAGAGAGAAGCACAGCAGUGGCUCGCAGCGGGAGGAGCGGGAGCAGAAGAAGCACAAAGACCGACGGAAAGGGAAGAAGCAGAAGAAGGAGUCGAAGAAGAAACACAAGAAGCACAAAGUGCGGCGGAGAACGAGGGGUGGCAGCGUGGGGAAGGAGGAGCCGCAGGCCCUGCCCGUCCUGGACCUGCAGCAGCGCAGGAUGAAGAACGUUCCAUUGAUGUUCCACUGAGAGUAGACACUGGUGUGAGGCCAUCCACACCUACAGCCACCAGUGACCAGUAGUGGGGGCCAGCAGCAGUAACCAGCCCUGGAGACAGUGACCAGUGAUGAGCUGGCCGUCCACACACCGCCCAUCGCAGAGGCAACACGGAAUGAUGCAGCACCCGACUCCAUCUCGGCAAAUCCACGGCAGAGGGGCUCAGCUCAGCAACGGAACUGGCGACUCUUGGUGGGGAUGGGAGGGAUGGAGCAAGGGGGUCGGCCAGAGGGUUGGGGUGGGAAUGUGUAACCUGCAUCCUGCUGCGGUCAGUUCCCUGCCUGUACACCCCUUCCACCCACUGGGGAUAGGCAGGGCGACU